AUGACCUCGAAUCCUGCGCCGAAGGCAGCUUCCACUGUCCCUGAGCUCAAAAAUCUUACCAUCGACAACAUUACAGAGAACGUGCACCGCAUCAACUCGCAAUGCGCCGACCCACGCCUAAAGUAUGUGAUGGAACGAUUGGUUUCGCACUUGCACGACUUCGCGCGCGAAACGCGAUUAAGUUUUGAUGAGUGGAUGGCCGGUAUCAAGUUUUUGACAGAAGUUGGGCAAAUAUGUACGGAUGUGCGACAGGAGUUCAUUCUCCUCUCCGACAUUGUUGGCCUCUCCUUGCUUGUCGACAGCAUCGACCACCCCAAACCCCCUCACUCUACCGAAGGUACAGUCCUCGGGCCUUUCCACACCCAUGACGCUUCCACCCUUCCUGCGGGCGCCGCCAUUUCAGCUGAUUCCUCCGGCGUCCCUCUCCUCGUCCUCUGCACCGUCAAAUCAACGACUGGAGCCCCCCUUUCUGGUGUCAAAAUCGACGUCUGGGAAACCGACAGCAAGGGCAAGUACGACGUGCAAUAUGAGGAUCGCGGCAACAACGCCGAUGGACGUGCGAUUCUUGUAAGUGACGAUGCAGGCGUAUUUUGGUUCAAGGCGAUUGUGCCAGUGCCGUACCCCAUCCCGAAUGAUGGGCCCGUGGGCAAAUUACUGGAAAAAUUAGGUCGUCAUUGUUGGAGACCGAGUCACAUGCACUUCAUGUUUGAGAAGGAGGGUUUCGAUCAUUUGGUUACCGCCUUGUAUGUUCGCGGCUCUGAUUACGAGACUACAGACGCCGUCUUCGGCGUUAAAGACUCUCUAAUUGUAGCGCUCGAGUCGGUAACGCCAGAGCUAGCAAAGCAGUAUGAUGUUGAAGAGGGUACUAAACUGCUCAAAUACGACUUCAUACUCGUCACAGACGACGAGACGAAACAGCUGCGCCACGAUGAAGCUGUGAAGGCGAUGAAGGGCUUGGGAAGAGAGGGUAUGCUGAUUGUUAAUGGGCUGCCCAUCCCAGAUGUCGACUAA